CGACGGGGCGCAGGGCAAGAUGGCUGCCGAGCCGGGCGGCGGGCGCCUUUGGGCUGGCCGCUGGAAUCGGCCGCCGCUCGCCGCUCUCGCCACCGUGCUGCUCUUGGGCUGCGGCCGCUACGCCGCCCUGUCUCCCUCCUCUCCCUCCACUCUCUCGUCCUGUCGUCACCGUGUGCCCAGCGGCGAGGAGGUUGUCUAUCAGGUUCCUCUGAAGGAAAACCACGUCUUGAAGAGGAAUGUGGAUCAGCAGCUGAGGAUUAAGAUUGUAUACGAUGGAAGCGUCGAGGGUUUGCUACCUGAGAAAAGACACCUCAUAAAGAACAAACUCUUCCCACAAGCUAUAUCAUAUCUGGAGAAGACAUUUCAAGUGCGCAAAUCCACGGGUGCUAUAUUACUAAGCAGGCAGUGUGCAACAAAUCAAUAUUUGAGGAGGAAAGCUGACCCUCACAGAUACUGCCGAGGAGCCUGUGCAGACCAUACAAGAUGUGGGCCUGUUAUAGUUCCUGAGGAGCAUCUCCAGCAAUGCAGAGUGUACGAUAAGAACGAAUGGCACUGGGGACCCACUGGCUUACCUGAGCAAGAAGGGGUUCGAGAUGCUGACUUUGUACUUUACGUUAGUGCUCUCACUACUGAACGGUGUGGCCAUGAAAAUAUAAUUGCCUAUGCAGCCUACUGUCAACUGGAAGCUGAAAUGGACAGGCCAAUAGCAGGAUAUGCUAACUUGUGUCCAAAUAUGAUUUCAACACAAGCUCAGGAAUUUGUCGGCAUGUUAUCUACAGUGAAACAUGAGAUUAUCCAUGCACUGGGUUUCUCUGCUGGACUCUUUGCUUUUUAUCGUGAUGAUGAUGGAAAACCUUUGACAACGAGAUAUGCAGAUGGAUUCCCUCCUUUUAAUGAAAGUCUCGGUUUGUAUCAGUGGAGCAAUAAAGUCGUUCGUAAAGCAGUGAGGUUAUGGGAUGUGCGUGGUGGCAAAAUGCUGCGUCAUGCUGUGCAUCUUCUGAUAACACCUCGUGUAGUUGAAGAAGCUCGAAAACAUUUUAAUUGUCCUAUUCUAGAGGGAAUGGAGCUUGAAAAUCAGGGUGGAAUGGGUACUGAGCUCAAUCACUGGGAGAAGAGAUUGUUGGAGAAUGAAGCGAUGACUGGAUCCCAUACCCAGAAUCGCGUCUUUUCCAGGAUCACCUUAGCGUUAAUGGAAGACACAGGCUGGUAUAAAGCAAAUUACAGCAUGGCAGAGAAAUUAGAUUGGGGACGCAAUAAAGGCUGUGACUUUGUAAUGAAGAGCUGCAAAUUCUGGAUUGACCAAAAGAGGCAAAAGAGGCAAUUAAUCAGCCCAUACUGCGAUACUUUGAGGAGUAAUCCUUUGCAUUUGACCUGCAGACAGGACCAAAGAGCAGUAGCAGUGUGCAACUUACAGAAGUUUCCAAAGCAGUUACCUCAGGAAUAUCAGUAUUUUGACAAUCUUAAUGGAGUACCAGCAGAGGAAUUGCCGUAUUAUGGUGGCUCAGUAGAAAUUGCUGACUAUUGUCCCUUUAGUCAAGAAUUCAGUUGGCAUUUAAGUGGUGAAUUUCAACGCAGCUCGGACUGUAGAAUCGUUGAAAACCAACCAGAUCCUACCAAAAACUAUGGUGCAGAAAAAUAUGGACCAAACUCUGUAUGUCUUAUUCAGAAAUCUGCUUUUGUCAUGGAACAGUGCAGGAGGAAACUCAGUUACCCUGACUGGGGUAGUGGAUGUUACCAAGUUUCUUGUUCUCCACAAGGGCUGCACGUUUGGGUCAAGGACACCAUGUACUUGUGCAGCCGCUCUGGUCAGGUGUUAACUGUGAGGAUUCAGAUGAACGGCUGGAUACAUGUUGGGAAUCUGAUUUGCCCAGCAUGUUCGGACUUCUGCGACUCCUGUCCACCAGAGCAGGAUCCGCCAGCUUCUAACCUAACAAGAGCUGCACCACUUGAUCUAUGCUCCUGCUCGUCCAGCCUGGUUGUAACCCUUUGGCUAUUGCUGGCUAACUUAGUUCCCCUGCUAACAGGAUUAUUUCUCUGCGCAUAAAGUUGAGCACAGGGCAAGAUGAUGUUCCGAGAUGAUGUACCAUCGUGUUGCACUCCCUGUUGUGGAGCACUGAGUUCUGUCUCUGCAGGAGCAGCCUUCUGCUGAACCUCAUCUCUCCUGGCAAGUAUCGGUGCAGACAGGGAGGUACUGAUGAAAGCAACUCGAGUUUGAGAGGAGGAAAAUUUACCUUGUCAUCUCAAUAAGUGCCAGUAUUUUCCUGAAUUGCAGUCUUUGAUAUUUUUUUUGACACAGCAACAAGAUCCACUAUGGCAACUGUGUUAGACUGCCUGGCAACUCGGUCAAGAUUUGAAAGGAGACGUCUUCUGUAAUGAAAAUGAGGGUGGUUUUUUUGUUAUGUCCUCUGUGUGACUUGGUAGCAAAGCAUCCUCAAACCAGAAAUAUACCUCAGUGGUUUAGUCAAAAGCCAUGUGAAAAUCAGUUGUCAUCACUGCUAAUAACCCAGGCCUAAACAGGUGUGGGGAUUCUGUAUUUAUUUUGUCAAUUCUUAUGGUUAUGAGGGGAAGAUAUAAUAUAAUGGGAUAGACCAGUGGCUGGCCGUUGUCUCCAUAACUGGAUUCUGCAGCUUUGAGGCUUCUCAGAAUUCAUACUAGUUUGUGGUAAAGCGUCUAAUUCUUGGGUUUCACUUAAACCUUCCUACAUGUACAAAGUGGAAUUUCAGACUGGUAACCAAGACAACUGUAUAGAAAUCCUGUUUUCCUUUAGCAUGUGCCAGUUCUACUGUGAAAUUUAAUACGUAACAUGUUUGAACUUUCUCAGAGUAAUGUGCUAGGCAAAUGCAUUGCAGUACUGACACACAGUCUGUAAAACUGGAACAGGAUUUCUGAUUAUUUUUCAUUUCAUUCAUUUCUUAAAUAAUGGCAUUAGAAUUUUUUUAAAUAUUAUGAACAUAAAUGCAGCUAUUCUCACAUUUUGUUGAAGGGCAAGCCAGUAGUGAUGGCUGCUAUAAGCUUACAGGACAGUAUUGAAUUCUCUAGACCAAAAACUAUAUUGAAUGUGUGAAGAAAAGUCUAAUCUGUCUUUUUAAUUUUUUUUCCCCUCCACUAUUUUUUGGACAUAUAAAUACUAUGGAUUAUUUGAUCAUUUGUAAUAAGUUGAGAAUUGGACAUUUUGAACCAUAUGAGGGGACACCUUGGCACAAAAUUAAUCACUUGAUAGACAAAAUAUAUAAAAGGAAGAAAAUGAGCAAAGUCUGUGUAGCUAAGGGUAGCUAUAGGACACUUGUGGGGAUGUUUUUGUUUCUGACUCUCUAAUGUCCUACAGAUAUUCCUGUUUGGAGUAAAAGAAACUCUUACAUGGUCCAGUCUGUCGUCCGUCCUGCUAGGAUAGCUUCUAUUCUUGGAGUAAAUGUUGAACUUGAGGGAGCAGAUGUGCCCAGUACACUAAAAAAAUGCAAACAUAGGGAGAAAGAUGAUGUUACUCUGCUUCUUAAAUGUGCUGUGAUGUUAGAAUUGUGUCUAGAUUCCUUUCUAAAAUGAGAGGUAGGGGAUGGAAGGGGUGCAGAGUAAAACUGAUUUCACUACAAUUAAACUUGUUUAGUAAUGGAACUUCCAUUGUAAUUGUAAGAAAAUAUUCCUGCCUACUGGACUUGUUUUAUUUAAAGGAGCUCUCGGGGUGCUGCUGAGGUGGGUGAGCAGUGACCUAGAACAGUCUGGAGGUAUCGCCGGAGCACCUUGCACUGGGCUCGCUCCCCUUCUGACCUGCAGGUUAAGUUUGCUUUGAAUUCUACAAGGCCUAGGCUAGCCUCAAAUAGGGGUUUCUGAGAAGCAAUACAGGUUAGGAAUCAUAUGCUUUAAAUGAGUACAAGUUUGAAUUAAGAAAAACUCAGAUUAAUAAGUGAACACUGAUUAUUUUAAUAUAUGCACAAUCAACAGUCGGUGCAAAAUUGAUUCCUUGAAAACAUAAAGGUUUGAGAAUACAUCUAAGGUCCCAGAGGCUGAUAUUGUAAUUUUUUGUCUGUUGUGCAAUAAUACAGUUUAAAUGGCAUCACUCAACAACGCUUUUGAUACUUGAAAAGAAAUUAUUGGUUAUUUUUUCUUACUGUGAAAUAUUUGCACUGUCUGAACUUUCUGGUUAACUUUAUAACUGUUAAACUUUUUUACUGGUGUUAAUUUAUUGUGCUUGGUAUUUGAUAUGCUGGUCUCUAGUCUGUGUAAGUGUGAAAUUUGUCAUAUUUAAUUGAAUAUUUUUAUCUUCUACACCGUUACCUUGAGGGCUUUUAUUCUUUUAUUCUCUCUUCCUGGGAAAUAAUUGAAAGAUGGCUUAAGAAGUUGAUACUUACCUACUUCUGAACUGUAUGCGUUAAUUAAAGACAGAGGCUGUAGCGGGUUGUACGUACAGGGAAAAAUCUGCCUGCCUGUCAGAGCGCUUGUGGUCAGAUCCACCAGUACCUGCUGAGUAGCUGCAUCAGCAAAUCCACUGAAGUAAAACUAUUACUGCCUUAAUAAUCUGAGAUUUCAGUUGUAAUUUCUUUGAUGUGCAGCCCCUUCCACGGGCUGGGAACUGCAGAACUGGACGUGACUUUGGGGAGUCGGGGGUAAGAUGCUUCAGCCAGCAAAAUCCAACGUGUUCUAUCCCAUCGGUGUGUUCGCAGCCGUAGCCAUGUUGGAACUGCCAAGAAAUGUGUCGAGUUCAAUUUAAAGUGAGAAUGAAUUGGUGUCUGUCAAAAGGAAUAUUUGAGUAAACCUGACUACCUCAGUUCUGUUUGUCUUUGAGUUAAGCUUCUAGCUUACUGUGAACUUCCAAAUUUUAAGAUGUAAAAACGUGUCUCAGGUUUUUAAGAGCAAAAUAGAGUAGGAAGCAUAAGCCACUUUGGAGUGUAGAACACAGCUGAAGUUGUAGCUUAAACCAAUCAGUUAUGUAGCCUUAAGUGUAGUUUCCCCAGUAAAAAUUGGUAUUGGUUUUAAAUAAAUACAGGGUUUGCAGGCAGCUACUUCAGGUGUCCUGAACAUAUUGUGGCAAGUCCAUCUUGUUGCAUCUCUUACAUGUGAAAACUUUGAAAUACAGCCCAAAUAAGUCUUUGUGUUUUCACCAGCAUAGAUGGGGCAGCAGCAGCCCUAGAAAUAGGGCUAAGAGAUAAAUGAGUUGGCUUGUCUGCAGCAGAAAUGUUUUCGGUAUAUAAUGUCCACAGUUUUAAUUUCUUAAAAACAUUCCAUAUUUGCUUGUGGAAGCAAAUUAGUCUUCUAGUCUUCUCUUACCCCAGUAGUUAGAUCUGUAGCAUUUCAGUUAGAAGUCAAGGCAAGUCAUACUGCAGAUACACAUUUUUCUAGGGUUUUGGACAAUUCCAAGGAGGAAGGAUUGCUUUUGGUUGGAGGAUGGAGCAAGUAAAAUGACACUGAAAAGCAAACGAUUCAUUCCUCUUGAAAUCAGUUGAGGUUAAUUACCGAAAGAGAAUUUUGAGCCCCAUUAAUUGGCAGUCAGUCCAGUGCAGCUCAGUCUUUCUGCCCAGCACUUGUAAUUAAGGAAGACGGAGCAGCCAUAUCCACAUUCCCUGAUGAGGGCUGGUUGUGUUUGAAAUCUUCCUGUCCUGCAAACCUUUCAGCCUGGAUAUCUCUUUGUAGAGAGGGAGAUGUGUGCCCGUCCUUCCCCGUGUUUCCUCUGAGUGAUUUCCAGCCAGCUGAGCAGAGCAAGAGCUUUCCCUGCAAGAUUGAACAAGCAGCUUUUGCCUGGCUGAAUGUGUCACUCUUCAGGGUUUGGGUCUGUUGCUGUAUAAAAUAAUGUGAUCUUACAUUAUCAGGCUUCCAAAAAUCAUGUGAUUUUACACUACCAGGCUUCCAAAGUGCAAAUGUUGCCUUUUAAAUGUGAAGCUUACCUUGGAGAUAAAACAGCUGUUUUGAGAGAACUGGCUGACCUUGAACAUGCAUUUCUUAUUUUAGUACAGAAUGUAAAUACAGAACAAACUAUUUUACAUAGAUUUUUGACUGGGUUGAGAUAUAAGGGCUAAUUUUUGUUAUUUAUGGAGUAAAAAAUUCCUUAUUUUACUGUGUAAAAAAGAGUAUGUCAUACAAAAGCAAAAAUUAUGUCAAUAAAAUGUCUGUAGAAAA